GCCAUAACACGAUGGACCGUAUACCAAUAUAACUUGGCUAGCUGGCCAACAUUUCAGCUUAUUGUAUUUUCUUGAUUGUACUCUACUGCUCUGAUAAAUUUCCAAAAAUCCAACAAUUUGCAAGGAAAUCUUGAUAUACACACAUAGAUAAAUAGAGAAAGAUGAAUAAAUCGAUGGAGAGCCCAGAUUCAUCCACCGGUGGUUCACAGCAGCCUCAGUUGCCACCAGGGUUCCGCUUCCACCCCACGGAUGAGGAACUGGUAGUCCACUACCUCAAGAAGAAGGCGGCUGCCGCCCCUCUCCCGGUGUCCAUUAUAGCUGAAGUUGAUCUAUACAAAUUUGAUCCAUGGGAGCUCCCAGCUAAGGCUGCGUUUGGAGAGCAAGAGUGGUACUUUUUCAGUCCGAGGGACAGGAAGUACCCUAACGGGGCUCGACCGAAUCGAGCAGCGACUUCUGGAUAUUGGAAGGCCACCGGAACUGAUAAGCCUAUUUUGACUGCAGGAGGGACUCAGAAAGUAGGGGUCAAAAAAGCUCUGGUUUUCUAUGGAGGAAAGCCUCCCAAAGGGAUUAAAACUAAUUGGAUCAUGCAUGAAUACAGACUUCCCGACAAUAAACUGAACACAAAGACUCCUGGCAGUGAUUUUGUUGCCAGCAAAAAGGGCUCUCUAAGGCUUGAUGAUUGGGUUUUAUGCCGGAUUUACCAGAAGAAUAAUUCACAAAGGCCUAUAGAUCAAGAAAUAGGGGAUGAUCUGAUAGGAUCAUUGGCUAUUGGUCAACAGAACCUGCAGCAUCAACAGGGAAUCAAGUUCUCAAACUAUGGCGGAUUACUCGAAAAUAUUGAACACAACAUGUUCGAUGGAAUGAAUAACAGUGCAGUUGAUGCAAUGAACACUGGCCAAUUUUCUCUGUCAGCCUCAAAACCACAGCUUCCAAUGGUACUCACAACAGCUUCAAGUACCUGUAUACUUCAAGGGAAGAGGACAAUUCCGAAUCAGUACUGGAAUGACGAAGAAGUAGAAGCAAAUUCGCGUACAAGCAAGAAAUUUCUUUCAGAAAAUUGCGAUGGAAUAAGCAUAGCCUGCAGCAGCGCAGAUGAAACCAAUUCUAUUGCCACCAUCUUCAGCCAGCUUCCACAAAACCCUUCACAGUCACAGCCAAUGAUGGGAUCUCUUGGUGAAGGCGUUUUUCGCCGGCCGUAUCAAGCUACUGGCAUGAAUUGGUAUGCAUAAAUCAAGACUCGAAGCCGAUUUGCUCGAUAAAAGGUUACUAGAGUCACUGCCAAUGCUGGGAUCUCUUGUUUAAUUAUAUGUAUAUCUUUGAUUACUAGAGUGAAAUAAUAUUGUGUAGAAUUCACAGAAAUUAGAGAUAUAGAACCCAAUAUUACUAUUUGAAGACCUGCAGAAAAUCCUUUUUUGUUCAUUACUGUUGCUUGUUGUAUGAAUUGAAAGAUAUAUAUUAAAAAAAAUAUUGGAAUUUA